AUGUUUGAACCAAGGGACAUGUGGACCAAGCUGAAGGAAAAGAGUGAUACCAUUUUAUCUCGUGCUGGAUGGAACCCAUCUAUCCGUGAACCUAGCUUCCAGGGAAUUCAUGAAAAGGAGAAGAGUUCUUCAACUGGGUUACCUGUGGUGGCUAGCCAAAACGUGCAAGUUCACACGCCUAGGCUCAUGUAUUCCGAGGCUUCACUCUUCAUGCUUGUCGAGUGCUUGAGUGCAUGA